UAAAUUGCAACAAGAACUAAUUUAUUUAUUCAGCGUAAAGAAGGUGAUGUUUAAUCUGUUGAGCAUUUGAACAUCUGUAAGCACUUAGUUUUCCCUGACUACGAUCUGAAGGAAUUUGGUGCCAGCCAUUAAAUUCGUUGGUGGGGUUUGAAUUGUUGAUACAUGGGUAUGUAUAAUUUUUUAAACGAGAGGGUUUAGCUUUAAAAGCCGUUGGGGUUCCCCUGUGCUGUAUUAUGGCUGCGCGAUGGACUCUUAAAACACCGAUCGACUCCCCCGAGCAAUGAAUGAAGAAAGGCCCUCUUCCUGCACUUCGUAAUUGCAAUAUUUACUGCAAAUUUGCCUCUUACUCUAUAUAUAUUGGAAUAUUUUUGCCGGCCAUUAAUUCAUUUCCUGGCCUCAAUUUACGCUCUUCUUCUACCCAAUACAUCAAUUCAAUUCAAUUCAAUUCCAUCCCCCCUCUCUUUCUCUCUCCUCUCUUUUCAUCCCCUCUCUCUCCCUUAAAUUAAUAAAGCUUUAAAUCACCCCCCUUCGUUUUCCUUUUAUAAAUUCAGCUCGAACCUUCUUCUCCAGCACCACCCAUCACUCUCGCUGCCGCCGGAGUUUCUUAUGCUUCCGGCUAUCCCCUCUCCUCUCUCUGUGUUAGCUUUCCCAGAAGCUGCUUCAAGGUGACGGGUCUCACAGGAUCGGUGGAGAAGCAAACCAUGAGUCGCAGAAACGGGAACGGCCCGAAGCUCGACUUGAAGCUGAACUUAUCCCCGCCGAGGGCUGGCCGGGGACUGGAGUCGCCGAACGGAUCGGCGACGUUGUCACCGAUUUCGACGCCGAGCUCUUGCCUGUCGUCGGAGCUGAACCAAGAGGACGGGCAGCAGAGAUACUCGCACAGCCCGGAAGCGACGUCCAUGGUGCUAGUAGGCUGCCCGAGAUGCCUCAUGUACGUGAUGCUCUCCGAGGAUGACCCGAAGUGUCCAAAGUGCAAAAGCACCGUUUUGCUUGAUUUCCUGCAAGACAGCAACAACCCCACCGUUAGGAGGACCUAGAGUAGGCUCUCUCUGUUUUAUUUCCGCUUCUGCAUUUCUCUGCUGCUAGCAGGACAUCUUUGUUUUUAAUCCUAGGAAUCUCUUUCUGGACUUUUUGCCUUUGCCCUCUUUAUUCUAUAUUUCCGUUGUAUGAUUGCUGCUACGGUCACUUCCCUCUUAUCCUCUAUUUUCUGCGAACAAAUCCCACGAGUUUUUGACAAAGCAAGGCUUGUACAGAGGGCAUGAGAGAGUUGAUCGUAAUA